AUGGCAACUACUGUGAACGGAAAACCCAAGAAUGGGCAGAAAAUUGCUGUCAAAAGACUAUCAAAAAACUCCGGACAAAAAGUUGCAGAGUUUAAAAAUGAAGUUGUUUUGGCUGCAAAACUUCGACACAAGAACUUGGUCAAGCUCUUGGGAUUUUGUGUGGCACAGAAGAAAAGAUACUUGUCUGUGAGUCAAACGAAGCAAGCAUCUUUAAAUUGGCAAAUAAGGUGCAAUAUUAUAGUUGGUAUUGCAAGAGGGCUUUUAUAUCUUCACGAAGACUCCCCACUUAAGGUUAUUCAUCGAGGUCUUAAAUCAAGUAACAUAUUACUAGAUGAACAUAUGAACCCUAAGAUAUCAGAUUUUGGCCUUGCCAAACUUUUUGGAGUUGAUCAAAUUCAAGGUGACACUAAAAGGAUUAUUGGAACUUAUGGUUACAUGGCUCCAGAAUAUGUAAUAACAGGUCAUUACUCUGUAAAAUCAGAUAUUUAUAGUUUUGGAGUCUUAGUUCUUGAGACUGUGAGCGGUCAAAGAAAUAGAUUUUGCAAGCAAUUGCAGCUUGAAGAGGCAUGGAGGUUAUGGAAUGAUAACAAGACCUUAGAUUUUGUUGAUACAACAUUACAAAAUGACUUUCCAAUAGAUGAAGUAACUAAAUGCAUCCAUAUUGCUCUACUAUGCAUUCAAGAUGAUGCCGCCUUAAGGCCGAGAAUGAGCUCCAUUGUUGCAGCCCUCAAUGGCCAAGCCAUUUGUCUCCCAACGCCGAAGCCACCUAAUUACUUUGGUGCUAACAUUUUAGAAGAUAAUGAUUCUCUAGGAAAUAAGACGAUUACAAAUUUGCAUCCUCGCGAUUAA